AAAUUCGAUCACGACUUUAUUGACUACGACUGACAGUCAUGACAAUUAUACAACCUACCCUGAUAAUUCUACUGGGACAGAAAAUACUGCUACGCCGAUGUCGACGAUUACCGCUGGCGAUCUAACGACAUAUUCCACAACCACUACGUCUCAAACCACAUUGUUGAAUUCGAUCACGAGUACACUUCUAACGACGCCAUCGACUACUUUCCAUCCUCCACCACCCCCGCCACCACCAUCGCCGCCGCCACCACCACCAACACAACCAGUACCACCAACAACAACAACAUCACCGCCGCCGCCACCACCACCUCCACCACCACCGCCGCCACCCCCAUCAUCACCUCCACCAUCAACACCGUCGUUGACACCACCCACGUUGACAACCUCUUUACCACCAUUAUCGACAUCGUGGACCACGACAGACAUGCAAGACCAAUCCAGUAAUUCUACAACGAUCGAAACAACGGCUAUUCCAAUGUCGACUACAACCACAAGUAUUCUAACGACAGAUCUAAGAACCUCUGCCACUGACAUCACAUCGUUAAAUUCGAUCACGAGUAAUCUCUUAACGACGUCAUUGACCACGACCGACAGCCAAGACAAUUAUACAACCUACCCCAACAAUUCUACUGGUACAGACAUUACUGCUACGCCGAUGUCAACGAUUACCACAGGCGAUCUGACGACGGAUUCCACAACCACUACGUCUCUAACCACAUUGUUGAACUCGAUCACGAGUACACUUCUAACAACGCCAUCGACUACGACAGACAGCCAAUACAAAUAUUCAACCUACCCCGAUAAUGACACUGGGACAGAAAAUACUGCUGCCCCGAUGUCGACGACUACCACAGGCGAUCUAACAACGGAUUCCACAACCACUACGUCUAAAACCACAUCAGUAAAUUCGAUUACGACUGAACCACUGUCGACGUCAUUGAACACAAGAGAAACCCAGAAAAGUCCCACAACCUAUAGAUAUACUCAGACCAAAAUUACGGGCAUGCCCACGUCGAAGAUCACUACACUCGAUGCAACGACAUCGGUCAUUCCAAUGACAACCAAAAUGGGGAACGUCGACGACAAUCUAAAUGAGCUUGGAAAGACUCCUGUAACGGAGGAGAAUGUCGAGGAAGUGUCACAGGAGCUGGCUGAACUCACUGAAGAUGCAGAGGAAAUGACGUCAGAUGGAGUGGAGACCACAGCUGAAAUACUAGGAAACAUCACAGCACUGAACUCAUCAGAACCCGAGGUAACUACUGCUGUUGUAGAAACAGUCAACAAUCUUAUGGAUGUCGAUGAGGCUCAGCUAGAAGAAGCGGCCAAUGAAGGAGCUACGAACAUGGCCGUGCAGUCUCUUGAAGCACAGCUUCAAUUUGUGAAUGUGUCAGCAUCAAAUGGAACAUAUAAAGAUGUCCAGCCAAAUCUUGGAGUACAGGUUAGUGAAUAUCCACCGGAAGAACUUACGGAAGGCCUGACCUUUACCUACGCUACGAAUGACCCGGAAGGGGUACUUCUGCCCGAUCAUAUGACUGUCUCUAAAGGUAACUCCACUGCGAAGACGGGGUCAGAACAAGUACAGGCUCAACUCUUUCUCCCUCCAUCUAUCGGAGAUGCAAUCCGGAACAAGAACAACACUCGGGUGUCAUUCGUGCUCUAUCGGACAACUUCGAUGUUUCCCUCUCGGUCGUUGCUUGCUUCUAAUAAGGGCAAGGCAUAUGACCGGACAUCGAAUACUCGCAUUAUCUCUGCGUCCAUUGAUGGGAUGACCAUCUCUAACCUGUCAGAACCAGUCGUGACGUCAUACCAGCCGAUCAUUGGCAUCAACGAUACGCUCAACGACGAUGAAAUCGUUGUCAAUAUCACCAACCCCGCGUGUGUCUUCUGGGACUUCGAAGCUGAUGACGGCUACGGAAACUGGUCAUCAGAAGGAUGUCAACUGAUAGGAACGAACAACGGUACCGAUGACGAGUUUCGAUGUCAGUGCAAUCAUCUUACGAACUUUGCCGUCCUCAUGGACAUCUACGGAGGCUCGACGCUGGAUGAGUAUUGGACAUUCAUCCUUGACGUCAUGAGUUACGUUGGGUGCGGUCUCUCCAUCUUCCUCCUCUUGGUUACCCUGUCAACUUAUCUUUACGUAAAGAAACUGCGUACUCCUCAGCCGAGUCGAAUCCUUAUGUGCCUCUGUACAUCGCUUCUCUUCCUCUACAUCUUCUUCAUCAUCCUUGCAUCACUUAAGAACGUUACCAUGGCAACAUGUGGCACCAUCGUGGGAUUUCUUCACUUCUCCCUCCUCUCUUCCAUCGCGUGGAUGGCCGUGGAAAGCUUUAACAUGUACAUCAUGGUCAUCAAAAUCUUUGACCGAGGGACUAUUCAAAAUUUUAUGAAGAAGGCCGCUAUUUUUACGAUAGGCGCACCGGCUCUGAUCGUUAGUCUAACUGGAGGAAUCGCUCAACAAGGCUAUAUGAGAUAUGAAGACGGGCUAUGUGGUUUUUUGACCGAGAUUCCAAUGAUAAGCGGAGUACUUGUUCCCAUCGGAGUAGUCAUCAUCUACGAUACCAUCAUCUUCAUCAUGGUUAUCUGGCGUCUAUCACGUAAGGUCCCUGGAAGACAGGUCACCAAACCUGUGUAUAAAGAGCGCCUCCGUCGUCUUCAGAACGCAACGGCUCUUAUCGUACUGAUGGGUUUGACAUGGGCAGUCGGAUUCCUCACAGCAAUAGAGGGUGCAUCUUUAGCCGUCCAGAUAAUCUUCAUCAUCUUAAACUCACUCCAGGGCUGUUUCCUGUUUCUCUUCUACUGUCUCCGCAAUCCUGCCGCGCGUUCCCUAUGGAGGAAGCUGUUCUGUCACUGUCUGCCUCCUGUCGAAGAGUCUACAACUCGAGGAAGUAGCAAUGGAUCCCGGUCUCGUACACCCUCCACACCGGACGAUAACGGACGGAAGAAAUGGUAUCAUGUAGCGGGUAAAGGAGGGUUUUAUGACCUCACCAUGGGAGGGAAGCGGGGGAAGACAUCAGAGGCAUCAUCGACAUAUGAGCUGGCAUCGGAAUCGAUGGUGACUUCCGAAGAGCAGAUCUACCGAAAACAUGCUUCUCGCUCCGAUGACACGUAUGACGUUUUUGAAGAGGGGAUCGAGAAUGGGGUUGAGACUGCUUACGAACACUACGAAGUCGACAAUCUUUGAAAACUGUGACACUAUGAAUAUCCCCCGGCAAGAAUGUAACAUCAUGAUGAACCCCGCGCACAGAGAUUACUUAGAAAACACAUAAACUAUCUCUGAACUGCCGUUUUCCUCCCCUAUGUGAUUUAUUAUUUCUUAUAUGGUUUGUAUUAUAUAUAGUUCCCACAAUUUCAUAAUUAGUUUUUUAUAGUGUGCUUAUUGUGCAUGAGUUACCAAUGUCAGUAUUUAUUCAAAUACGAAAUGUGAAAGCUGGGCUUUCUGAUGAUUUCUAAUGACAAAUUGCAUUUGGUUUUAGAAAUUGUUUGGAAUGUUGGAAUGAAACAGAUUGGUCAUGAACAGAAUAUUAACGUAUUAGGCCUAUCACGCCCAUAUAGCCCCUACUCUGAAACUGCGGCAGUGCGAGACACUUCCUGCAGCGCGCCGAUGAUUUUGAAGUGAAAAAAAAAACACAUUCAAACUUAAUAGGAAAUAUACUGAUAAUUGUAAUCAUUAAGUCUAAUAGAAGUGCACUCUUAGACGCCCAUCUGAUCAGUUAAUGAGAAUCACAAUCAGCGAUAUAUUCCAGUUUCCAGCGUCUUGGCUGCCCCUUGCCAUAUGCCGCUCCUCGAGGACAUUUAAGUAAGGGGGAAGAUACACAUUGUGUAAUAAUUAUCUCCUAUUUCUCUCCUAUAGCACUGAUGUCAAGGGCGUAGGCUAGUUUGAGCAUGGGAAGGAGCACAUCCUGGAUAGAUGGAAAUAAUGUGGUGUGGGGGUGCACAUCUUGGGGAGGUGGAACGUAAGUUUGGAAAAUCAGCCGUUGAAAGCAGAAGGGGUACAAAUUCCGUUUUGCUUGCCAGUGUCGGAACUCUUUUGCCUAAGCGGGAGGGUGCAUGCACGUGUACCCCAGCCUACGCCCCUGUGUGUAAUUUAUAAUGUAUACUUUGAUAUAGCUCUCUUCAGCAUAUCGAAUCUGUGUUGUAACAUGUAGACGAAUGUGGGGAGGGGGAUGCUUUAUAUGCAACUUGAAACUUUUCUGAUAACCUGUUUCUCACUAGUUUGUUGAAUAGCAGUCAAUAUCAGGGUCAUGCUGAAAUUUGCUCCGUUUAACAUUGCCAUGUGAUUGCACAUUUCUGAGAACGCCUACCUAAUAAAUAUUUUAUUAUAUUUCUUUUUCGUGUUUAAAUUGGUUCCGUUAGAAUUGAUACUGAGAACUUACUUUGAAUAUUUAAAAGUAUAGCUUAGCUCUUAAACUUGUUAAAUUUGAACUGAUAUAUUGAAUGAAUCUCCAAAGAACCAGGAUUUGUUUCAAUCUGGCUAAUGAAAAAGCUAUAUCAUUUAUUUAAAAAGAUAAACUCAGAAAACAAAACCAUGAUAAUCAUGAAUAUGUUCUCUGACUUAUGACAAAAUAAAGAAACAUCUGUU